UGCCCCUUUGACUCAACUCCUUCAACGUCUCAGUCCUUCUCUAGUGUAUUCCUUUACUGUUUUUUAUUUCUUGAAAUUGAAAAAAAAGGGGGGGCUUCAAUCUCUCUCUCUCUCUCUAUAAAAACUAGCCUAGUAACAUCACACUCUUGUUUGAUUCCAUGAAACUGUCCUUUUCUACUUGUCCCCUUUCUCUCUUGAACUUUCCCAUUUUCUACUUUGAGGUCAAAGGGUGUGUACUGUAGAAGGUGAGGGAGGGAGAUGAAUGCUUCAAAGUUCAUCAAAUGUGUGACUGUUGGCGAUGGAGCUGUGGGGAAGACAUGCAUGCUCAUUUGCUAUACCAGUAACAAGUUCCCAACUGAUUACAUUCCAACAGUGUUUGACAAUUUCAGUGCAAACGUUGCUGUGGAUGGUACCAUUGUUAACCUGGGAUUAUGGGAUACUGCUGGGCAGGAAGAUUACAGCAGAUUGAGACCAUUGAGUUAUAGAGGUGCAGACAUAUUUGUAUUAGCUUUCUCAUUAAUCAGCAGGGCAAGCUAUGAAAAUGUUAUAAAAAAAGUGGAUGCCUGAACUUCGCCGGUUUGCACCCAAUGUUCCAAUUGUUCUUGUUGGAACAAAAUUAGAUCUUCGUGAUGACAAUAGAUAUCUGGCUGAUCAUAUGGGCUCUAACAUUAUAACACCAUCUCAAGGUGAGGAACUAAGAAGGCAAAUUGGUGCAUCAGCAUACAUAGAGUGUAGCUCUAAAACUCAGCAGAAUGUGAAAGCAGUAUUUGACACUGCAGUUAAGGUUGUGCUUCAACCUCCAAGGAGGAAGGAAGUUGCAAGCAAGAAAAGGCGCAAAAAUAGCAGCUUCUCAAUAGUGAGGGGUAUAGUUUGUGGAGGUUGUGCUGCUUAGGGGGGCGAAGUCUUUGCGUCAACAUAUUUGUCAACCACUCGUUUCAGCGGCAGCAGGGAAUCCCAAUAUGUUUUGUAAUUUUGAAUGUAGCUGCUGUUAUUAUUAGAACUGAGCUGAGGCGAGGAGGAAUUCUUACUAUUUAUUUGCUGCUAGUAUCUUUAACAAAUGCCGUUCGAUGAGUUGUUUUCAGCAAUGUAGUUAUCCCCAUCUUCUUCUUUUUGGUACUUCAACCUGCUUAAAAUCAUUCGUUGCAA